CAAGAGUACAGCUCUGUUGCGUUCUGUCACACAUGUCAGGAUGUCACCUCCGAGUUAGUCAGCAAGCCAUGGCCGAACCCGAUGAACUUCUCGGCCGACGAGAUAACGUCAUUCGCAGAGUAUCCCAACAUGGCUUACAAAGGUCUGACUCUACAGCUCGACGGCGGUACGGGCUCUACAGAAGAGGCCCGACAUAUGCUUGCGGCAUGUGGAGAGCCGACCAUUGACAUGAUUCGCGUGCUUGAUUGGCAGAAGCCCAGCUACACGGCUUACUCAUGCGAAGUAAGGCCUUGCGUGAAGACAUACUCUGACCCGAUUCACAAUUCCCAACUCAAAGAAGAAGUAAUAGACGAGCACAUGUUUUCGAGGAAUCCUUCGAACGGCUACUACAGAGCAGCUGACCUCCAUUGCAUAAGCGAAACACAACGACAAGAUAUCUUGAACAUGGGUUAUAACAUAAUUGCUGAUCAGCGAUGGACUACGUGGCAUGUAGCGGUCGAUCGAAACGAGACAACGCAGCAAAUUGAAUUCGAAGGCACGUGCUAAUACGUACUAAAGAAAAAUCAGGAUCAAUACUGCGACAAGACCCGAAAAAACAAACCAGGGAAAUGCUAUCUGCUCAAAAAUUAGUAUGCUCGGCUAUUUCCAGCUUCGUGCCUUUACACCGUGAACCCCCAAAUGAGCGAAGCUCUUAACGCCAACAUAUUCGCGCAAUCGUUCAAGGGCGAACUUACAGAGUACUAUUCACACGCAUCCCCGGCGCAAUUCGGACCUGAGGCACUAAUAGCAGUAUGGAAUGCUGGAUCGGGCAACGGCACGCUGAACGACCUCACUGGCUUGAUCAAGAACAUUUCUGACGCUGUGACAACCGACCUAUGACUCAACGGUGAAGACUACCAAAGUGACACGGCACAUGGCAAGGUGCAUUA